UGGCCUUUUGCAUGUGAUGUGCCCUCUCUCUCUCUCUCUCUUCUCUUCGCUCCCAGCUUGCAAGUUUACAACUCUACCGUACAGGGAGAGACACUCGGUACUCGCCCGCUUGGUGCUCUCUCUCUCUCUCUCUCUCUCUCUCACUGAGAUUUCAGUUGCAGAAAAUCAAGGAGUAGAGCUGAGAUCUCCCCCGAAAUCAAAGCAAGAACUGAAUCCCCGCUUCACCAGUCAAAACCGAUCCACUGCUAAUCAAUGAAGGCCACCCAAGCCCUCAAUCCCUCUGUCAUCACCUUCGACCACAAGAGGAUUGGUGUGAACAGGGAUGCGUAUGGGUUCGCUGUGAGACCUCAGCAUGUACAAAGAUACCGUGAAUAUGCUAAUAUCUACAAGGAAGAGGAGGAAGAAAGAUCAGAUAGGUGGAAGUCUUUCCUGGAAAGGCAAGCAGAGUCAGCUAAACUACCUGUAAAUGGAUUCAUAGAAGAAGAAGAUAAGAAGACCAUUCGUGCUGGAACUUUAGAGCCAGAAGCAGAUGCCAGCUCAGAGAACAUUGUUGAAGGAGAUAAAUUAGAUGGCCAGAAGCUUAGCUCUGAUUAUUCGGCCGAAAAUGGUGCCCGAAAGGAGGAUGUACCUUCAGCUAAGGAGACAAAAACUCAUAAGGUCCAUAUUUGGACUGAGAUUAGACCAUCCCUUCAUGCCAUUGAAGACAUGAUGAGCACUCGUAUAAAGGGGAAAUCCAAUGUAUCAAAAGAUGAGCGAGGCAGUGGAACUGGAAAGCUGCUUUCUUCUACUAUUGAAGAGACUAGAUCCUCUAAAGGAGCAUGUGAGGAAGAUUCCGAGGAUGAGUUUUAUGAUGCUGAGAGGUCUGAUCCCAGUCAAGAUGUGCCUCCAAGUGAUACUGUCAGUGCUCCUGCUACUGGCGCUGCUACUAAUGUGGUCCCUCCAGAAUCUUUGUUUCCUUGCAAAGAAGAAUUAGAAGUCCUUGUUCGGGGUGGAGUGCCUAUGGCUCUUAGGGGAGAGCUUUGGCAAGCUUUUGUGGGUGUGAAGUCACGUCGUGUCAAGCAGUAUUACCAGGAUCUUCUAGCUCCAGAAAGUAAUUCUGGCAAUUACAUGGAAAACUAUAGCAAGCAGAUAGACAGCAACAGUGAGGGAUUAACUACAGAUUCUGUAUGUGUUUCAGAGAAAUGGAAAGGGCAGAUUGAGAAGGAUUUGCCUCGAACAUUUCCAGGCCAUCCUGCUCUGGAUUUGGAUGGUCGAAAUGCUUUGAGGCGUUUGCUUACAGCAUAUGCUAGACAUAAUCCCUCUGUUGGGUACUGUCAGGCCAUGAAUUUCUUUGCUGGCUUAUUACUACUCUUGAUGCCUGAAGAAAAUGCUUUUUGGGCCUUGAUGGGCAUCAUUGAUGACUAUUUUGAUGGCUAUUACUCAGAGGAAAUGAUAGAAUCUCAGGUUGACCAACUUGUUUUUGAGGAGUUGGUGCGGGAGAGAUUUCCAAAAUUGGUCAAUCAUCUGGAUUACCUGGGAGUGCAGGUGGCUUGGGUUACUGGACCGUGGUUCCUUUCCAUUUUUAUGAACAUGCUUCCAUGGGAAAGUGUUCUUCGAGUCUGGGAUGUGCUUCUUUUCGAAGGAAAUCGCGUCAUGCUAUUUAGGACAGCACUUGCUUUGAUGGAGUUAUAUGGCCCUGCUCUAGUUACAACCAAGGAUGCUGGAGAUGCAGUUACUUUACUCCAAUCACUGGCUGGCUCAACAUUUGAUAGCAGUCAACUUGUACUGACUGCUUGCAUGGGUUACCAAAAUGUAAAUGAAACCCGAUUACAAGACUUGAGAAGUAAACACCGACCAGCAGUAAUAUCUACACUCGAGGAAAGAUCCAAGGGGCUUCAAGUUUGGAGGGAUUCUAAGGCUUUGGCAUCUAAACUGUAUGGUUUUAAACAUGAUCCUAAAUCAAUGAUAAUAGAAGCCAAUAAAACGGAACAAUUGGAUGAUACACCAACAAAUGGUAAUUUAUCUCGGUCAGAUUCUGGGUCCACUAAUGCAGAUGAAAUUGUCAUUAGCCUGACUGGAGCUGUGGAGAUUGAUUCUGUCAAAGAUCUUCAAGAGCAGGUGGUGUGGUUGAAGGUUGAAUUGUGCAAGUUGCUGGAGGAGAAAAGAUCAGCAGUACUCAGAGCUGACGAAUUGGAGACAGCAUUGAUGGAAAUGGUCAAGCUGGAUAAUCGGCGGCAAUUGAGUGCCAGGGUUGAGCAGUUAGAGCAAGAGGUUUCUGAACUUCGCAGGGCCCUUGCUGAUAAGCAGGAACAAGAAAGUGCUAUGCUUCAGGUCUUAAUGCGGGUAGAGCAAGAGCAAAGGGUAACAGAAGAUGCUCGCAGGUUUGCUGAGCAAGAUGCAGCAGCACAAAGAUAUGCUGCUCAAGUGCUUCAGGAAAAGUAUGAAGAGGCCACUGCUUCAAUUGCUGAAAUGGAGAAGAGAGUGGUUAUGGCAGAAUCAAUGUUGGAGGCUACCUUACAGUACCAAUCUGGCCAACUUAAAGCACAACCCUCUCCGCGAUCUCCACAUCCAGAUUCUCCAACAGCACAAAGCAAUCAAGAGUCUGUGCAAGAUCUACCCGCAAGAAAGAUUAGUUUGCUAGCUCGUCCAUUUGGACUUGCCUGGCGAGACCGGAACAAGGGGAAACAAAUUGACACCGAGGAGCCAGUUGAUGGCAUCAAAUCUACAGAUGAGGGAGAGAGUCCUACCCCGCAACAGAAAGCUACCAAUGGUGUUCGAGAAAAAGAGUAAAGAAUAAAAAGGUUAAUUACAAUGAUAAUCAAACAGAUAUACUCCCAGACACUGCUUCAAUUCCAAUAUGCUUUUUGGCUUGGUGGAUACUGGAUAUCUUGUGCAUCGAUGUCAGCUCGGGAAGCAAAUCGAAUUUUAAUUAAGAGACAAGCAAUAGAGUGCAUAUUCAUUCAUUAUUUCUUUGUUCAUUGAAUCGGUAGUAAUAAUAGUAUAGUGGAGAGUAGAAUGUAAGAAGAAACAUGAGAUCGAUGAUUACGCAACUGUAUAAUCUUUUGCAUUAUAGUGCCUUGUAUUGCUCUGUCUAAACUCGUAGUUUUCAGGAAGAUUUUUUUAUUUUUUUUAUUUUUUUGCA